GCGGGGCUGUCUCAGUGCGAGUGUCCGUGCGAGCGGGCGGAGGCGUCAGCCCGCAGCAGAGACGCGCGGUGCGGCUCGGCCUGACUUGCUCCUUCUCCGCGCACUCCCACCGUCGCGGCCCGGCUAACGCGAGGCCGCCUGGACCGCUCUCGGCACUGCCGGCGGUCGGGCGGGCGGUUCCUGAGCACGGCCUGUAGCCGUUCUUUGGCGGCGGCGGCAGGGAGCCGUGGAAAGGCGAAGGCUGCGGCGGCGGGGGGAGCAGCCAUGUUGGAGCGGGGAAUAAAGUGACUUUCCCCCGGGAGGGAGCGCGACCGCCUGCCUGUCGGAAGCGGCGGCACUUGGGGGCAGCGAGGGGAGGUGGGGGCCUCGGCUCCCGGUGGCCGGAUACCGCUCCUGGGCGGAGGAGGAGGAGGAGGGAAAGGAGAAGGGGGAGAGGAACCGCCCCCGGACCCACGGAGCUCCGGCGCUGCUGGCUUCCUUAAGCCAGAAUUAAUAUUGAUAGAAUGAAAAAGUUUAAGAGGAGACUUUCCUUAACCUUACGUGGAAGCCAGACCAUUGAUGAAUCGUUGUCUGAGCUUGCAGAACAAAUGACAAUUGAAGAAAACAGCAGCAAAGAUAAUGGUGUGAGUAAUAAUGGAAGAAUCAGCUACAGUAAAGUGCAGCCUAUUGUGAAGAAUGGCAGGCCUCCAACGUCUCACAGCAUGCACUCAUUUCUCCACCAAUACACAGGAUCUUUCAAGAAGCCCCCUUUACGGAGACCACAUAGCGUCAUAGGGGGCAGCCUCGGCUCUUUCAUGGCAAUGCCCAGAAAUGGGAGCAGAUUAGAUAUUGUUCAUGAAAAUCUGAAAAUGGGGUCAGAUGGUGAAAGUGACCAAGCUUCUGGAACAUCAUCCGAUGAAGUUCAGUCUCCCACAGGUGUUUGUCUCAGAAACCGGAUACACAGACGAAUUUCAAUGGAGGAUUUGAACAAGCGUUUGUCUCUGCCUGCUGAUAUCAGGAUACCCGAUGGCUAUCUUGAAAAGCUGCAGAUUAACAGCCCCCCGUUUGAUCAGCCAAUGAGUCGCCGUUCCCGUAGAGCAUCACUAUCAGAAAUUGGAUUUGGAAAAAUGGAAACCUACAUCAAGUUAGAAAAGCUUGGCGAGGGUACUUAUGCAACAGUUUAUAAGGGGAGAAGUAAAUUGACAGAGAACCUGGUAGCUCUGAAAGAAAUCCGCCUGGAACAUGAAGAGGGGGCACCAUGCACAGCCAUAAGAGAAGUGUCAUUAUUAAAAGACCUGAAGCAUGCAAAUAUCGUUACAUUGCAUGAUAUUGUGCACACAGACAAGUCUUUGACUCUUGUUUUUGAAUAUCUGGACAAGGAUCUGAAGCAGUACAUGGAUGACUGUGGUAACCUCAUGAGUAUGCACAAUGUAAAGUUAUUUUUAUACCAGAUUCUUCGUGGUUUGGCAUACUGUCACAGAAGAAAGGUGUUGCAUCGAGAUCUGAAGCCACAGAAUCUACUCAUUAAUGAGAAAGGAGAACUGAAGCUUGCAGACUUUGGACUGGCUAGAGCAAAGUCUGUUCCUACAAAGACAUAUUCCAAUGAAGUUGUCACGUUAUGGUACAGACCACCUGACGUCCUCCUCGGAUCUUCAGAGUAUUCAACUCAAAUUGACAUGUGGGGUGUUGGAUGCAUAUUUUUUGAAAUGGCAUCAGGAAGGCCUCUUUUUCCUGGGUCAACUGUUGAAGAUGAGCUGCACUUAAUUUUCAGACUUCUGGGAACCCCAUGUCAAGAGACAUGGCCAGGCAUUUCUUCCAGUGAUGAAUUUAGAAACUACAACUUUCCUAAGUAUAAACCACAACCUCUCAUCAACCAUGCACCAAGGCUAGACACAGAAGGAAUUGAAUUGAUAGCGAAGUUCCUUCAAUAUGAAUCGAAGAAGAGAAUUUCAGCAGAAGAGGCCAUGAAGCAUGCAUACUUCAGAAGUCUUGGAACAAGAAUACACACUUUGCCUGAAAGUGUUUCAAUAUUCAGUCUAAAAGAGAUCCAAUUGCAAAAAGACCCUGGCUUUCGAAAUUCCACGUACCCAGAGACAGGACAUGGGAAGAACAGAAGGCAGAGCAUGCUCUUUUAAAGCAGAGCCCAAGCCUAUCCUAUCGAUCAAAGACUCGGAUCUGAAGGCAGUGCUCUCUGUUGGUGGACUUGGAAUCGCAGUUUGUCUACACUGUCCUCUUCACAGUGGAGUCUUUUUAUUUCCAACCUGCAGAUUAUGUUUUUAUAUUUGUUGUCACAGUGUGACAAUUUUUUGUACAGUUGGUUUUAAGGUCUCCUCUGCCACUAGAGCCAGUAGGUUACAGCUGUUGAUGUAACUGUAGCUGCAAUUUUUGUGCAGGACUGAGAAACACAGUGCAUUAUUUAUUGCAGAAACAUUGCUGCUAAAUAACUACUGUCUGUAUAGUUAACACAACAGUUCCAUGCCUGAAGAAGUUGCAAUGGCUUUAUAAUAUGUGAAUGCAUCUGUUUCUCUUCAUAAAAUGUUCUAUUGCUGCGGGGUUUUUUUGUAUUUCUUAAACUGCAGUGUUUCCUGGAAUGUAAACAUAGCUUUGCUUGGCUAUAGGUGAACCAUCUUUAAUGCUUUAAGUUCAUGGCACUUAAUUCCUUAUUUAACAUUGGAAGUAUGUGUUGAAAUAGUUGAAAAAUUACAAUGCAUAUUACGUUUUUGAAAAGCACACGGUGUGGAAGUUGAUUCGAACAAGUGAACAGUAACUACUCUUUGCUCUCAGGCCCUACGUUAGUUAUUGAUAAAUGAGAGCGUGGGGACUGGGUGCUAAAUUUUGCCAGGCUUAUUCCAGCAUCAGAUAUUUGCACGUUGUUGUGCAUAUCGGGCCUGCAGAGGCGAUGACUUGCAGAAACAAUGACUUUUUUACCUUGUUUUUAGCUUAGAAAUACAAAGAGUAAAAAGAUGAUUCAUAAUACGUCUGACCCUGGCUUACUUUUGAAAUUCAGAAUUUUACUACAGAGGAGCAGAAUAACUAAUUACAAGAACAUGGGAAUAACGUCACACUUUUCCCACCUUGUUGCUCUUCCAUUUGCGCAUUAUUCACUUGAAAUCAACUGGAAAGAUGCAAGUUUGUACUUGAUAAGAACUCACUAUACUAUGGAGCUUUUACAAUAGGAACUUGGAGAGUUUUUCAGAUCUUAGAUGUUAUCCGUUUACCAGAGAUAGUAAACACGUUACUACUAUGCUGAUGCAUCUCAGUGAGUAUCAUAAGUACACCCUUGGUGAUGGUUACAGUAUUUUUAAGCAUUUGUGUUCACCUUUAUGAACCUAUUUGUUUAGUGCAUCUUAAAGAGACUGUAAAUCUUUAUUGGUAUAUUUUGAAAUGGUCAUGUAAAUCUUUGGCUGGUAUAUCAUGACAAUAGUCAUAGGUAACUUAAUUUUUCCUGACAUUCACUGUAAAACAUUCAGGGGUCCUACCAUUUCUGUUCAGGAAAUCUUGUAGUUUAUUGUUAUUUAACAGUAUUAAGUGAAUUUUUGUAUAUUUCAUUUUAACUUUAUUUGUGAAUAGUGAUUGUGGCAUGUUUGGGGGUGUUUUAUUAAUAUUUCAUUGAUACUGGUAAAUUUGAAUUGGUUUUUUUUAUUAUUAUUAUUAUUAUUAUUUUCUGGAAGAGAGAAAUUCAUGUGUAAUGGUGACUAUUGGACCACUACUGCUUUUCAGCAUCUGUAAACCGGUUUUACGUUGAAUCUUGUAGACCUUAACAAACUGCUGUUAUUUCUAACUGACCGACCUGUAUUAAUAUUGUACUUUUGAAAGUAUAAAUAUUAUGUGGAAUUCUUUGGUUUUGUUUUGAAAUUUAUAAUAACAAAGGCCCUGUGUUGUUAAAAAAUACAGACUAAGUGAACUUACAGUUCUUGGGGCACCGUUGGAAACAUUUAGCUAGAUCCGUCUUGUCGUGAGAGUCACCGGGUUUAACUUUGGCCCCUCAGUAGUUGGCGCAGCGCUGAAGUAGCGGCAGUCAGAAGGAAGGUGGCUCGGCCACUUUCUAGUUCUUGGCAAGUAAGUCCAGCGUGUCACACGGUGUCAGGAGCUUUGCCUGCGUCUUGGAGCAUCACACAUGUCUGGGAUACAUGCGUGAGUCUCCCACUGACACCAACGGGAGCGUUUGUGUGUGUGCGCGUGUCACAGGUAGAUUUGGCACCGAAGGAAAACCAUUGUCCUGAAAUAGUUGUUAUAUAUAUUUUUUUAUAGUUGCUAUGGAUCUGAUCUAGAUUUUAUACCGAUUAACUUUGUAGGAAAUCUGUUGUAGACGUGAUGGCGUUCAAGCAAGAAGUAUCAGGAAAAAAAGUCUCCUUUUUGUAAAAAAAUAGUGAAGAUACAGAGUAAAUGUUCACUGUGGGUAGAUGUGGGAUUUAGCGUUUCUAGGACAGUAAUCUUUUAUAGGUCAUAAAAGAACAAGUAACGUGACACUAAUGAGUCAAGGACUUAAAGGUUUAACUGGUAAAGUGAAGUGCAUUAAAUUUAGAAAGAGAUCAACUGCAGCUAACAAAAGGAGGUUUCUGUUUUAAGUAGGAACUCGGCUUUUUUUGUUGCAGAUGAAAAAAAUCUUCCCUAAAAGGACUCUGUCUAUAAAGACGUCUUUCUACAAAUCUGCAAGUGAAGCAGUUUGCUUCCUGAGGAGGUAGCUUUAAGAACUCUGGCAUCUGUGGUGAAGCCAGUUUCUUCCCCGCUGUCUAUAAUUGAAAUUCCUGCAUCAGCAGAGACAGUUCCGUGGCAGCUGCCUGUUUGGGGCAGAAGUUGCUGGCCAUUUUCUGUGACACCUUUUUCAUGCAGUUCAGUGAUCUGCCUCCCGCCUGACAGCAUCGGGCACCACGGACCUGCUCUCACUGUCCCAAGAACUGCAGGGGAGCGUUGGCCUUUUGGGAGAAGACCUUAACCCUGACAAAAAUCCAAGCAGAUAGUUAGUAAAAAAGGAUCAUUUUCAAGAUUUGGUCUUGAUAGCCUUUGCUCAAAGAUGAGUGGUCAGUUUGUGAGAAAGGGCCUGUAAGUUGUUGCUGAUAUUAAGUAGCUGUUUUUAGAAGUUACCCAGUGUAUCCCAUAUACCCCGGGGCAGCAGUGCCAAGCCGUGUGUAUGGAUGUGUGUAGGAAUCAGAUGGGCUUGGAGACAGGAGGCAGGUGCUGAUGAGGAUACACGUGCAGGUGAAGGCUGAAGGGGCACGAGGGUGGGUGGAGGAGGGGGAUUUACAGAGUGAGAGAUGGAAAGGGGCAAACCAGCUGCUCAGCAAUGCUCUUGUGGAACGUGCAUCUCUGCACAGCUGUGUUAUUUUUGUGCUGCUUUACCAGAGCAUUAAGUAGCCAGAGUGUAUCCCUGAACUGGGCAAUAAAAGUUAAAAUAAACAAUUAUUAAAGAACCAA